AUGAAUUUGAUGGAAGACAUCGAGCCUUCCGGCAUAAACAUCAUCCCCAAGACCCCAUUCUGGCGGGAACUUGACUGCAUCUUCUGGAUCUUUCCCCAUAGACUCAACGUCUUCACGAGAGAGUGGAAUAAGUCGCAAAUCGCCCAGCCUAUCCCACGCAAUAUCAACCUUGAGGCUUGGCUCCUGGCGGUAGAUACUAACAGGCUCAUUGAGAAGAAGUGUGGCAUCGAGUUUCUUAUCGAAGAAAGGAAUAUCCCCUUCUUCUAG